CGCGCCUUCCCGCUCCAAUGAAUGACCCUCUGUGGCAACCCCGGGGGAUCUGGUCUGAGCUCCACCCAGCAGCCUCCCGGCCUGGCUGUCCACCAAUCAGAGACGGCCUCAUCUUCCUCCCAUUAACGAACGUCAGAGUUUCUGAAGAAGAAAGUCUGAAGCUGCUGCGUUCAGGUCCUGUGGGAAAAUCUGACUUUAUUGUGAAAAACAGCUUUUAUACUCUCAACACACAUGAAUGAAACAUUUACACUAAACAAAACAACCUUUGUUAUCUGGUGAACAUUUUUUUGUGUUUUAGGGGGUUGAAGUUCUUUCCCACAGGACUUACCUGCAGCGUAGCUGCUGGUUGAUGGACACCUCGUUUUAAAAUCUUUGUUUUGUAAAAGAUUGUCAACCUUUUAAGUCAUUAACAAAUCCUCAGCAGAGAUAUGGCAUCCCACAGGGUUCAAUCCUGGGUCCCUUCUUUUUCUCCAUCAGUUUGCCUCCUCUUCGACAUAAAACACAAACCGGUAAAGCAUUUUGAAGCCAGUGGUUUAGUCGCACUCAUGAGCUAAAUUGUUUUUAUGUCUUUAUCUUCCGGGGUUCACUACAUGUGUACAUUACUGCUGAAAACAAAUAUACCUGCUCCCCUUUGACCCAUUGCUCUUUCCUGUAGUGCCACCAUCAGGAAAAACUUUACAUUUUUAGUUCCACUAGGGACUAUUUUCAGCAGCGGAUUAAUCCGCAUUCAGUGUUGUGAGGAUGGAGCUCUAUGGCACAGAGGAAUAUCAGGCUACUGCAGUUUAUAUGAUCUGUGCUCACCCAAAAUGGCGGCGUAUCCAUGGUAACCGGUAACCCGUCUGACAGUCACAACGUUUGUGUAACAGAUGGAGAUUAAACUGAAGGCCUCAGUGUACGGUAGCAUUAACGUGUACAGUUUGAAUCAUUUGUAAUCCAUCCAAUCAGCCGUCAGUAACUCGGUGACAAACAGCUGCUGCACGUUGGGUUUUAUAGUUGAUUUGAUGUGUGUUAAAAACACUAAAGUUUCAGCCCCACCCCUUUUCCACAGAGGCAGUUUGAGAGCCGGUUCGGAGCCGGUGCCUAAUCUCGAACCAGUUCUUCGCAUUUCGACAGCCAAAGAACCGACUCUCUGCUAGAAACUGGUUCCAAUGCAGCACCAACACUUGGUUAGUCUAGAACCCAGAACCUCUUCCAUCAGGGGCUGGGGUCCAGCCAGCUGUGUAUUUAUUCAUGUUAUUUUAUUGAUAACUAAUUUCUCACAUUAAUGUUAGAAAUGUAACAUUGAGCUAGUAUGCUAGCGAGCUAGUUAGCUGUUGGUCAGCUAACAUUAUUCAAGCAAACAUGGUUACUACAUUUUGAAAUUGAUGUUUUGGUUGUAACAUUGUUAAAAAGUUUAAUGUUCAGGGUUCAUAACAUUGAUGUGAGAAAUUAGUAGCUGUGUUUGCUUGAAUAAUGUUAGCUGACCAACAUAACCUAGCCGUAGCUAACAUAGUGACGUAAUGACGGGGCUCUAGCCUUCGGAAAAGCAAACCGGUGAAGGUUCCUGAGUGGAGGGAUCUCUGAACCAGAACCAGCACUGGGUUCUGGUUGGUGGAAAGGGGGUACCACCAGACGUCCUUCAGUUUGUGUAAAGUCCAGACGAUGUUCUCCGUCAGCCAAAUGAAAACUGUUCCUUUACCUGUUGGGUUGAAUUAUUUUCCACGUGUUGAAACUUCUUUGUGUGUGUUUUCGUUAUUUAUUCUUCCUGGUGCUACAGAUUUGGACUUGGUGUUAAAAAAUUAUUGUGAAAGUGCUCUUAAUGCUUUUUGGGCGAACAUGUAUCACUGCGUUAAAUGUAUCUGGAGCCACAGAGUCUCACCCGGUCCUUUAGUUUCAGUAGAACCUGUAAAAUGUUGCUGUAAAGACGAAGCUGCUGAGAUGUUUCUGAGUUCUCAUUAAAAACUACAUUUGUACCAUCGGACCGGUUCUGUGUGACUAUUGAUCAGACUGUGGAGGUUCCCCUAAUAAAGUCUGAUCAUAACGCUUAUUAUUACUGCUGCUACUGCUAUUAUUAUGCUAUUAUUAUUGUUAUUAUUAUUAUUAUUACUGCUAUUAUAAUACUAAUAACUUAAGUUAACUACAUUAAGUUACUUUAUUAGUUCAUUUUACUAUAGUUCAUGUUGUCAUCAUUAUAUUAUAAUUGUAUCAUUAUUUAUAUUAAUGUCAUUUAUUAUUAUGAUGAUGAUGAUGAUGAUGAUGUCGCUGUCUGCAGUAACAGCAGCAGGUUGUUAACUCACUUCCUGCUGUUAGAACUUCCUGUUCCGUCGCGGCGGCUGUAUCGACCACAGAUAAUCGAUACCGAUCAGCAGUAUCGAUCUGCUGCGCUGUCGGUGUGGGGUGUUCGGAGGGACCGCGGAGGGAUUCCUCGGACUGCGCCGACAGACUCAUGGCAACCACAGACACUAAGCUGGGAGGAUCCAAAGAGUCCAGUUUGCAGUCUGAGGAGUCCGUGAUGUCCGAGGAGUCCAGGAUGAGGUCGACGGGCCCCGUGUGGUCCUGGGAGUCGGAGCUGACCUCCAUCCAGCACUCGCUGAAGUUUGUGCUGACACUGAAGGAUGAGUUUGUUUGUCCUGUCUGUAGAGGAGUUGUGUUAAACCCUCAGCAGAACUCCUGUGGACACAUCUACUGCUUCCACUGCCUGCAAGGCCUGCUGGAGGCUUCGUCCAGUCCAGCGUGUCCAGUGGACGGAGCCGUGAUCACACCAGCGGAGGUUUUCCAGGACAACUGCUGCAAACGAGAAAUCUCCAAUCUAGAAGUGUACUGCGCCAACUUCCCAGAAUGCACCUCUGUCGUCACGUUACACAACUUGCAGGAGCACCUGAGGUCGUGUCCGUAUGAGCAGCUGCAGUGUUGCAACUCAGGCUGCAGGGCGGCGCUACAGAGGAGAUACCUGCAGGAACACCAGACCGACACCUGUCCUCACCGCACCGAGCCCUGCCCACACUGCCAGCAGCUGCACCGACUCAGCCUCAUCCAGGAUCACGUGCAGAGCUCCUGUCCGGAGGUGGAGGUGGACUGUCCCAACGGCUGCUCCCAGAAGGUUCCCAGACACAAGCUGUCAGAGCACAGUGAGACGUGUCCCGAAGUUCCCAUCGACUGUUCCUAUAAGAGGUUCGGCUGCUGCGUGCAGGGUAAGAGAGUGAAGGUGAAGCUGCAUGAAGACGCUGCUGUCAAUCAUCACAUGCUGCUGGUGCUGAGGAGCAACACCCACCUGGAACAACAGGUGGAGGUUCUCCAGGAGGAGGCGCUGCAGAGGAAGCAGGAGGUCCAGACAGACAGUUUGCUGCUGGCCAGUCUGCAGAAGGAAAUCAGACCGCUGCUGCAACAGAACGGCAGCCACGAACUCAUCGUCUCUACAGCUCAGAGGACUCUAAGCAGGCAGCAGGACGCUCUGUCCACCGUCCAGCUGGAGGUCCAGCAGGUGUCCCGGGCACUCGGCCCUGGUCUGGAGGAGCUUGAGCAGCUCAGGAAGUCUCUGGAUGCUGUGAUCCAGGAAGUGUCGGCGACCGAGGCCCUCAAAGAACACCUGGGAACUUUGGAGGAGAACCUGAAGCACCACUCGGGUCUCUUGGAUCUCCAUGCCGCUCAGCUCAACCGUAACAAGCAGCACCUGCAGGAGCUGGAGGCCACGUCCUACGACGGCAGACUGAUCUGGAAGAUCGACGACUUCAGGAACAGGAGGGAGGCCGAGGUCAGAGGUCAGCCGCCCUGCCUGAGCAGCGUGCCGUUCCACACCGGACGCUGCGGCUACAAAAUGGCCGCUAAGGUCUAUUUGAACGGGGACGGGGAGGGAAGAGGGACUCACCUGUCCCUGUAUGUUGUCCUAAUGCCGGGAGACUUUGAUGCUCUGCUGCCGUGGCCCUUCAGACAGACUGUGUCUCUGUCUGUUCUGGAUCAAAGUGGUGCAGGUAACCACCGGAGUCUCAGCUUCAGACCCGACCCGACGUCCAAGAGCUUCCAACGACCCGGCGCCGAGUCGGUCAGCAACGUCGCUGUUGGAUUCUCAUGCUUCAUUCCCCUCAACAAGCUGGAGACGCCCCAGAACGCCGUGUACGUCAGCGACGACACGCUGUUCGUCAAAGUGAAGGUGGACAUGACGGGUUUAGAGCAGCUGUAAGACUCCCAGUGUUGGCACCAUCUGGAGGUCAUUUCAAGAAGGACAACAAAAUAAUUUAAAUCAAAUUUAAACACAUAAAGGAAAUUACAUGUUGUAACUUUAAAAGAAUAGUUUGACAUUUUGGGGAAUUCUCUCAGGUUCUCAUCUCUUAUUCACUAAAAUGUUGAACUUUUUCUGACAGCUUUAGGAUCAUCUCAGGGAUGGAGGUCUGACUGUAGUUCCUGAUAAUUACUGAAUACUCUUCAUCUUGAGAUCAUGACUUAAUUUUCAGAUUAUCUUAGGAAGGCAUCUGGAUCAAGUGAUUUACGUCUGUUAUCAGGACAUUAUGAUCAGGUUAUCUGGACGAUCUCGAGUUAAUAAUUAAUCUAUUGUCUUUGAAUAAAAAAAACAAAAACAUAAUUUAUAAUUUCAAGAAAACGAGAUGAUGAAGUUGUGAUCACAACAUAAACAGGAAGUUCUUUGUACGUGUUCAUGUGUCUGUGCACUGAUCUGGUAACCCUAAUAUUAGCUAUAGAUAUUAUAUCAUACCGUACAGGAUUGUUUAAAAUAAUAAUAAUAAGAGAUAUGUAUAUAUAUUUUGAACUCACAUGUAUGGACGUGCUCAGCAUCGUAUUGUGCUACUGAAGACAGAUUUACUGUUUAUGUAUUGGUCUGGAGGUCUUAUAGGACCAGUGUGAAAGAUUUAGUGGCCUCUAGUGGUAAAGUUGCAGAUUACAACUUCCUUACUUGACCCUCCCGUUUAGGGAUUCAUAUUUUUCUUCUUUAAAUAAUUUCUUUAUUAAGUUCAACAAAGCUUCAUUGGGGGUCGCGAGGCCUUCUGGAUUCAGAUAAGACAAGGAAACACUGAAUUUACCAAAAGAAGAAGACUGUUAACUCUGUGUGUUAAAAAUGAUAAAAAUACAGAAUACUAAAAACAAGAAUUAUAAAAAAAGUUCCCUAAAGGGGAAAUAAUGAGCUCAAGUGUUACACAGACCUUUUGCACUUACUGAGUUCAUUAUUUGGGUCACUGAGUCAGUUUAACUAACUGACUCAGAUGACAUCAUAUU